GACAAGCAAGAUGGCGACUGCCGCCGCAGGCCCACGUGGGAAGGCGAAAGUCCUCGGCGCUGAAUCGGAAGAAAGCGAUAGUGGAUCUGAGUGGAGCUCAGGGGUUCCAGAAGAUAGCUUCUCAGGUGAUGAUGAAGAGCAGGAUGGUGAAGUUGAUGAUAAACCUAAGACGCCAGAUACCAGAGUUAAAGAUGCAGCAGAAUCCAAAGGUGCAGGAAACACUGGAUGGGCUGAAGCCAUGGCCAAAGUGCUUAAUAAAAAGGUUUCUGAUGAUAAGCCCACUAUCCUGUUGAAAAACAAGGAGCAGGAUCUAGAACGAGAAAAAGAAAAAGAAGAGAGGCUGGAGAAGAGGAAGCAGCUGAAUAAAAAGCGGGAGUGGGAAAUGCUGUGCCGAGUGAAGCCAGAUGUUGCCAGAGACAGAGAAGUUGAGAGGAACCUUCAGAGAAUUGCCACCAGGGGCGUGGUUCAGUUAUUCAAUGCAGUCCGGAAGCACCAAACGAAUGUGAACGAGAAGAUGAAAGAAGCAGGCAGUUCUGAGAGGAAACGAGCUAAAUUGAUCUCCUCUGUUUCCAAAAGAGACUUUAUCAGCGUCCUGCGAGGAAUGGAUGGAAAAGAAAUGGAGCAAAACACUGCUAGGAAGUCAUUAAUGAGCCACCAGGACAGAUCGAAAUCUGAAGAAGGUCCGGCAUGGAGUAUCUUGCGAGAUGAUUACAUGAUGGGAGCCUCAAUGAAGGACUGGGAUAAAGAAAGUGAGGAGGAGAACAAUGCUGGAGAAGACAGCAGUAUCAAGCAGGAGAGUGGAAGUGAUUCAGAUCGAUAAUAUUCAGAGUAGUUCACAGAUCCAAGGGUAUUUUUGAUGCCAUGUAGGGAUUUGUAAAGAAGGAUGCCUUUUUAUACAAGAACAAAGACUACUUUAAAGAACAUGAAAGUCCACUAGAAUUGGGCAGCCAAUAAAUUUAAAAUAAUAAUAGUAAUAAUCUUAAUAAUGCAUUGGGUAACCAUCCUGUUACCCAAUAUUUAGCAGUAUUUCGUCAACUCAGCCAGUCCAAAUUCCAUUCAAUAGUCAUGAAUAUUGGUAAGCCAUCUAGAGCCACAAACUGGAGUGGGCUGCGCAUAUGUCUGUAUGCUGUAUUUUGGCAGUCAAGAAAGGGAGAUGGGUUUGUAGUGGAAACUAGAUUGACUUCCCCAUCAGGCACCCAUCAUUAGAUCAAUCAUUUUUACGUUCCAGGUUUAUUUGAAAUUUGACAGACUCAGCGGCUGAAUUUAUAUAUUGACUUCGUGGAAGCCCUAUGCCUGAGGUCAUAAGAAGUUUUUGUUGUAGGUUUGGUCUGUACUGGCUCAGUCACACACGCCUGGCACCAGUUAAAAGCAAAGAAUCACAGUUCUUCAGUUAGCACAAUGAGGCAAGAGAUUUUUUUUUUAUUACAAACAGGUCAAAUACACCACUUCUGUAAUGGGAGAAGAUGUAGAUUUAUUUUGUUCCCUUAUCUCUAAAAGCAGUAAUUAAAUACUAAUUUUCAUUAGGUCUAUAUUGGCCUCUAAUUUGAAAAACCUAGGGAGAAAAUUUCCAUUUGGUUUCAGUGGAAACUGAGGUUUUGAGGAAAUAUGCAGAUUUGGGGAUGAAAUUCCAUGGUUCCUGCUUACUCAUGCCAUGGUCUUAAGCAGCUAUUUGGCAUUUCAGAAGGGCAGAAAAAAGGUAUAAUUAUAAGAAAAAAAUUGAAAGUCUUGUUAUAUAUUUUUCUCUCUCUUUUUCUACAUACAUAUACAUAUAAGUUGAACGAAUAAUAUAUUGCUCUAUCAACAGCAAUAAUUGCUAUUGCUGGAUUUUGUGUAUUUUUUUUAAUCAUCUGUCCCUGAAGGUAAACCCUGGCUUCUUAGCUCCCAUAAAUACAACAUGGCAGUAAACAUAGCUAAUACUUUCCCCAAGCUGUGUCAGGCUAAUGUGGAAGUACGUGUGGCCUUUCAAGUUUCAGUCCUAUAUUGCUACCAUAGGAAUAAAUAUCUAUAGGCACAGCAUAAUGUAGAAUGUCUUCCAUAACUCUCCUUCAUGCUCUAAAACAAUGUUUUCUUGUGUUAGUCCUGAAUAUAGAAUUGUGGUGUUUUCAGUGGGUGGCCCAAAUCCUGCUGUUGUAUGUGGGGGAGAGGGGGGGGAAAUUAUUCUGAACAAGUAAACAUUUCAGAGAGGAUUGCUUUGACCUCACUUAGACAACAGCCCAGCUUAAUUCAUCUUAAUUCUGGCAAACCCUAGUGGUAUGCCAGAUAUUUUGAACUCAGAGCAGUUUCACCUGCCCGCUCUGUUCUGAAUUUAAAACUAUUGUUUUGAGCUUGAAAGAGAUGGUUCCAACUUUAUUGGAAAUGAUCCAAUGGUGUUUUGACCAUUCAGCAAGGUGAAAUUCCUGCUUCGAACACCAUUGAGAGAAUUGGUUUAUGAGCCAGCCAAGACUUCACCAGAGCAGAAACCAGUGGAUGCUAACAACUUGAUGGAAUUUGGUAUCUGCUCCAGAAAUGGUGGCAGACAACCAUGAUUUCAAGUCUAUGUCAGCAAAGUACCUUGAGCAACUAACUUCCCCUAAAUAUCCCAGAACGUUUAUACUCUCUUGAUUUAAUAUUCAUCAUUCAGAGGCAGUGGAAGGCAGAUUUAACAAGGUUCCCUAGAACCAUUCCUUGUGGCUGAGGUGUCACUGAAACCUUGGACCACACCCUGCUUUACUGUUCCUUUCAUAAGGAUACUCUACCAACAGAAUUGGUCCUGAUUAGGAAUACUCCCAGGUACCUUAAUGAAUUUUGUUAGAGAUCAUAUGGAUGACCAAGACUCAAACAGUACCCUCCCAGUUUGCAAAGUUUUGCUACUGCACCCGUAAUUCUAGGUGCCAGCAUCUACUGUAUAGCUGUGUAGAUUAUGGUUGGAUGCUGGAUAUUAAAGUCUAGCUCACAGUGACUUUUAUUGUGAAUGUUGUUGUAAAUUACAACGCUGUUUACAGUGACUGUAAUAAAGUUUUAUAAACCUUUUA